UAACUAAACUCCGUCGUCUGCUCUGUGCUCUCACCGCUAAGGCCACACUCACAGAAGAUCCCUAAAAUUGCCGACGAUGAGAGGAACUGAGCGACGUCGCGGGGGCAAAAAGUCAGCAGCGAGGGACCGUAGGCCCCCACCUCCCACUCCAACCGCCGCCACGCCCGACGAUGCGUGGCGGUACAUGUCUGCCGGCGGCCGCGACUCCGACGCCAGCUUCGCGAGCAGCCGACCAUCCUCAUCUUCAUUCGGCCUAAACCCUCGUACAUCCGGCGUCAUCCUCACCGAACGGAACUACCAAACCUCAGCCAUCCGUGCGGUGAACGCCUUCCUCUCCAAUCACUCUCUCCCAUUCUCUCUCAAGCUUCCCCUCCCUCUCUCCAAAGAUAUCACUCACACCAUCAGAUUCAUCCUCUCUGAAUUCGGAUUCCCGGCUCAGAAUAUUGAAGAUGAGUUCUAUUACCUAGUGAAAUCAUUAAAUUGCCCAGUGAAAUACAACAAAUCUGCACUUCGUGCUCCUGGAACUCCUCAUUUCUGGCCUAGUUUGCUCGCUGCAAUUCACUGGCUGGUUCAGCUUCUCAUGUACAACAAUCACCAGUCAAGCUCGACUCAGACUCAGCUUACAGUCCCGGAAAAUCGGAUGUUUAGAUAUUUCCUUGAGACGUAUAUGCAUUUCAUCAGAGCAGAUGAUGAUGAAGUGGAGAAAUUGGACAACAGAAUCAAACAGGAAGUGGUUGAUGAAAGGCAGAGAAUCGUUGAAGAAACAAAGGCAUUGGAAAGGACUGCCCAGGAGUUGGAGGAAAAGCUGGAGGUUAUGAAGGUGGGGCCUAGUGAGGUGGAGGUGUUGAAGGCUGAGAGAACUGCAUUGGAAGGGGUCAUGAAGAAGUCCCGUGAUAUGCUUGAGAAGUUGGAAGAGCAUAAAGCAGCAAGGAGUGCAAUUCUGGAGGAGAAAGAAAAGUGUUUGGAGGUUAAGAUAGCCGAGAAGGAGAGGAUUUUUGUGGAGAAUGAAUCUUUGAAGAGGAGGGUGGAAGAGCAGGGAAUCAAUGCCAGGGAUGCAGAAAGGAUGAAAUGGGACUUGCAGGCCUUGGAAGGAAGCAUUGCAGAGAUUGAGGAUGCAAGGAAUAAAUGGGAAGAUAAGGGGUGGGAAGUAGACUCUAUGAUUGGACAUGAUUAUAAAAAACUUGAGCAGCUUAUGAUUGAGGCCAACCAGGCUAUGCGAAGGUUAAAACUAGGAAAUGAAUUCCAUUUUCAGUUGGAGGCAAAAGGAUCCUCAACCAGGGAGGUCUUAGGAAUAGACUAUAAAUCUAUCCUAAAGCCUGCACUCGCUUCCUUGGAUGAGGAAGUUAAGAAAAGUUCCAUGGAGAAAUUAGAAGGGUUGAUCUCUCUUCGGAAACAAGACGUGGACAAGACUGCCAAAAUUGAAGCAAAAAAGAAUCGUAUCUUCACUCUUGAAGCUCACUCCAAUGAGGUUGAAGAACAGUUGGACUUAAUGCGGAGGGAAACAAUGGAGUUCGCUUCUAGAAAUGCAACUGAAGCGAAAAAGAUGGUAGAAGCUGCCGAAGAAGAGGGUCAAAGCAUGGGGGUUGUUGAGAGGGAGGCAGCAGAAUUAGUCAAAGUGUCAAGCGCCAAAUUACAGGAAGUAAUAACCCAAAGUGUGAGAGAAGUUCAGACAUGUGCUCGCGAACUGUUUGUGCGGGUUGAUUUGGUAUCAAAGCAUAAAGAGAACAUCUCUUCAAAGGCUGCAGCCAUUAGGAAUGAUCUCUUUGAGACUGCUUCCGCCAUAGCUGAUAUUCACAAAGGAGUUUUGCCAGCACCAGAUGGUCACAUCUCAUGAUAAUCAGGAGAUAUGUUUUGCCCUCCCACUACGUUUGGUUAGUUUUUAUGUAAAUUAUUUUGCUGUUUUACCCAAAAGGAGAUUCGUUUGCAUAUUUUGCCAUUCACUUGCAUCUUAAUUUGUAUCAGCAGUUUUUCACAGCACUUCUGUCUUUCGUUUCUUCAUUAGCACCUCUUUUGUCGGCCUAUAUUUUAGCAGUAUCACAUGAAUUUGUAUUGGUGUAGAAGCAAAUUAUUGUCAAUAUGAAAAUUCACGCCAGUAAUAGGUCUCAUACGUCCAUAUUUGUUUUGGCGAAUUUUGAUCCUCAGAAUCAACCAAAACUAGUAAUUUAGGAAGUACUGUGGAUGCUAAUGAAAAUUCAGAUGUUAU